UUGUAUCUGUCAAAAGUGACAGAACAAAAUUACGAUUGAAAAUCCCACAUUUCAUCAAAACAAAGGAAACCCCUGAGAUUCUGAGAAUAAUGAGGCGUAAUCAUAUUCAGUGACAAACCAAUUCCGCCCUCAACGACAUCAUUCAAAGCUAUUUAUUCUCAUAAAUAGCUGACGAAAAUGAAAUAACGUUCCGCGAUAAACGUCUCAGAAACUGUGAUGUGAAAAUAGUGUUUACAUCCGACGUAAUUACUACCAUGGCUGCAGCUUUGGCGAACGAUUCUCCAAAAUAUCGCAACAGCUUGAUAUGCUGCAGUCCUAGGACUGCUGAAGUUGCUUCAGGUAGCCCUUCUUCUUCCUCGACUUCCGGUUGUGUCUCUGCAGACGAAAGUUACGACUCGAAUAUCCCCAAAUCCAUAGCCAAUAAGAAAUUGAAGAUACACAGCUCGGCGACGCGAGAGGAGAUAGAAAAAGCUAUAAUUCAAUGCAAGGAGCUUGUUUUAAGUAGCCCUCAGUGUUCAGAAGAAAGGAAAUGGUUAGUGAGGUAUUUAAUCGAAUUGAGAAUCCGUUUGGAGGAUUUGAAGGACAAUGAUGGUCAAAAUCGCCAGCAGGUAGCCAUAAAAGGCCAUCAUUUUGAGCGUCAAAUCAGUCCGAGUAACAGAAAACAGUAUUGCGAUCACUGCAGUGGUGUUAUAUGGAGUAUUGUCCAAGCGUCAUACAUUUGUAAUGAUUGUGGAUAUUUGUGUCACUAUAAAUGUGUUGACGACAUAUGUAGGAUGUGUGCCCAUGUUGUUAUGACAGAUAAAGGUCAGUUUGAGAUGACAAUAUGUCCAGAAAAGGGUCUGGCAGCACAGAACUACAAGUGUGCUGAAUGCCACACGGCUUUGACCUUUAAAGACACAUGGAAUGAUCCUCGUUUGUGUGACUACACCGGCCUGUAUUUCUGCACUACGUGCCAUUGGAACGACUUAUCAGCAAUACCCGCUAGAGUUGUACAUAACUGGGAUUGGGAGAAGCGGUACAUUUCACGUCUCGCGUUCCAAAUGUUGACGUUAUCGUGGUCACGUCCGUAUAUAGAUGUUGAGAGGAUUAAUUCUAAACUGUUCAAGUUUAUAGCGGAGUUGGAAUGGGUGCAUAAGAUGAGAAAAGAUUUGGAAUGGAUGAGACGGUACCUUUGUGCCUGCCCUGAAGGCACAUUGCUUUUGUCUCCAUUAUUUGUGCAAUUGGGAGAUGUAAAUAAUAAAUACAGCAUGGCACACUUACAAGCAAUCAACGAUGGAUCGUUAGAAUCUGAAUUGACAGAGUUAACGGAACUAUGCCGGGCACAUAUAACUAACUGUGCUCUGUGUUCAGGCAAGGGAUACAUUUGUGAAAUUUGCAGUAACAAUGAGGUUAUAUAUCCGUUUGAUAACGGAGCCAUCAUGUGUGAAAAAUGCAACUCUGUUUACCAUAGAUGUUGCUGGUUACGAAAAGGACAGAAAUGCUUGAAAUGUGUGAGGUUAGAGGAGAGGAAAAAAAGUAAAGUUGAAGAUGUGACCGAUUCGAAUCCAGAAUUUGACAUAGACAAGUUUGUUGAAUGAUUUUUUUUCUUGUUGUGCCAUAAUUGGUUUGGAAAUUGACAUGGUGUAAUGGUAAUGACAAUAACCCUAUGUUCAUUGGUUUUUAAAAUUUAAGUUUCGAAUGUAAAAUGUUGUUCAAGUAAAUGGAAAUUGUUAAAAAGUAGGGAAAAUGGAAGGACAAAAUCUUUUUGUAUUAAAAUCCAAGGGCUUCUAAAUUAUUGAACAAUUUUAGUUAAGUUUAAUUAUUUUAACAUUGUAACGUCUUUUUUUUUUUUUUAAUAAGGCCAGGGCCAGACCAAGGUGAUUGUAACAUUGCUAACAAAAAUAAUAUUGACAUUUAAUUUUUAUCCCUAUUUAUAUCAACAUUUAAUAUUGACAAGAUUAAUAAUGGUGACAUUUUUUCAGUUUCAUUGAUUUAUUUAUUUAAUGACAUUUGUUUAAUUAAUACUAAAUAAAAAUAUUUUUGUUCAGAAAACACUUUUUCUUUGUAGUGAAAGCUAAUAGGUAAAUAAAUACUAAAAUUAAAGCAGAUUGAAUUGUUUUUAAGUUCAUCUUAUUUCUACACAUUUCUUGUCACAAAUGUUAAUAAAUUAUAGUAAUGUUGGUGCAUUGUACAGCAAUAAAUGUAAAUAAAUGAGAGCUUUAAUUAAAUUAAUUCAACUUGCAAAUAAAAUGCCUUUUAAUAUUAAAGUUCUAUAAUUAUUGACAAAUAAAAAGUUACCAAUUUGAAUAUAUCAUUAGAACUUAGAAGAAAUAAAAUAUUCAUAUUCUAUGCAUAAUAUAUAAAUUAUAUGGGAUAAGCCCAAUUUGGGUGGGCUUUUCUUUGUAAAUCUGUAUGUAAAAUAUUCAUAAGGACCACUAUUGUUGUCAUUUACAUAUAGGCUUGUUAAAUCCUUAAAUCACUGUUGACUUUACACAUUUGCUUGUUUAUGGAGCUAUUUUCAGUGUUAUCAUAUUAUGCUGUCACAGAUUCUACGUCUAUUGUGUCCUAUGUUUGAUUAUAACUGCAAAAACUUACAUUUUUAUUUGACUAUUUAAUAACAUUGACCAAAAAAUACCUAUGCUACUGUGUGUUUGAAAAAAAAUAUUUUUAAAAGAAAAUUGACGGAUUCAUAACUCUAUCAUAAAAAUAUUGUUGUGAAAAAUAAAUGUUAUUUUUAAAAAUUAAAAUAGGAAUCGCAGUUUCUAACCAGAUGUUAAAAUAAAAUACAACAAUUAGAUAUUUUUAAGCACCUGGCUGGUUAGAAUGAUAAGAUCUUGACGUGACUAUUUAGUUUAAUUGUAGUUUAUCGCUUUGAAGUAUACGUUAUUUUUGAGAUAAGACAAUAUAUUAUAUGAAUCAGA